GGUUACAGUGAUUUGGGGAUCCUGACUUUGAUACAGACUUAAUGUGGCCAUUUGUUUCCUUCAGUAUGCACCAUUAUUGAUUGGAUGUGCAGGAAAAAAACUUAAGAGUCAUGCAAGCAGAUGAAAAAGCCAAUGCCAACAGCUGUUGUUAGGAAACUUAAUGUCUGGCAUGACUCUCUGGCUCUGGCCAUUCCUGUCUGUCUUGUAGAUUGUUAAUGUCUCUUGGAAGAAAAAGCACACACUUCAGCCAGACAUAUUAAUUAUGCUUUAUUUGUCGAUUGUGACAUUGUAGAAAUGCUCUUGGGUUUGGCUUAAUAACAUUUGAUUCAGAUUCCCAGAGAAAUUUCAGGAUGAUCUCUUCAGAAAUCUCUUUGGAGUUAUUUUUUGUAUGACCUCAGCUAAUUUGCCUAUCCAAGGAUGGAAUUACUUGUCAGUGUUCUCGGGAACUGCUACACAGGUUGCUAAGAAUGAUGGUCAAUGAUUUUGCUAAGAAUGAUGGUCAUUGAUCCAGCAUAUCUCACAGUGAAGGUUUGAGGCACAGAGACCAGUAUGACCAAGGAAUAACCCAAUGAGGCCCACUACUAUAUGGACUGUAAGCUUCAUCUGUUCUAGGAAGUCUCCUUGGUUUGCUGACAGAUAUGAUGUCACAAACUUUGGUGGAGACAGUAUCUAUAAAUUAUGAGGAUUUUAACGACAGCUUCCUGACCUGUGGCACCUGUCUGUGUAUCUAUGACGCUGUGGAGCAUUCCCCCAAACUCCUGCCAUGCUCCCAUACUGUGUGUAAGAACUGCCUAGAGAGGAUCGUGGAAGCACAAGUCCAUGACACUGGCUAUUUCCGAUGUCCUAUCUGUCGAGAACACAUCGGUAUUCCUCGAGGCGGUGUCGUAGCAUUUCCACCUAGUUACAUAGUGAAUCAGCUGUUAGAUUUGAUGCAGCAACAGCGCCGUGACGUCAUACCCAAGUGCUCAACACAUUCCACUCAGGAGCUGCUGUUCUGUGAGACCUGUGAUUCUGUAUUUUGUACCCAGUGUAGUGGGGGUCAGCAUAACGGGGCAGGGGCUAGUCAACACACUGUGAUUCCAUUCUCUAUAGCCAUAAAAAGGAUGUCGGAAAUACUCCUGUAUAAGGCCCAUCUAUGUAUCAAAAAUCUUAACCAUGCAUAUGACAAUGUUUCUGCUGAAAUGCAACUUUUAGAAAACUCUGUAGAAAAGACUGUAGAAUCUAUCAACAGAUCAUUCCAAGAUAUUAUAGCCAUGGUGGACAAACGCAGGCAUGACUGCCUACAGUGGGUACGCAAAAUACGAGAAGACAAGCGUAAGAUUUUACGUGAACAACUGGAUUUGAUCCAGACUGAAAAGGACAGGGUACAGAGUGAUUGUGAUGGACUUCAGUUCCAAGUGGAGGUCCGAAACAUUACAAAGAAAAUCGGGGAUCUCAAUGAGAAACUCGAUGCAACAAAUACUCUAUCAGAACCAAGAGAAAAUUCCUUCAUGAAAUAUGAAUUCAAGCACAAUAGUUCCAUGAGGGAAAUUAGCAAGGCCUUGAAUGAGUUUGGUAAAAUUAACACUUCCACAACUUUUCCUGCUUUAUGUUCAGCAAAAACGGGCGAGGCUAUUUCUCAUCUCAAGUCCUCCAUGACAAUCAACACAGUAGAUUACCAUGGUAACCCCAGAACUAAUGGCUCUGACCCAGUGUGUACAGAGGUACGCACAGAGAAGGGAGAACUCGUGGAAUCAAAAGUCAGGGAUAGAGAUGAUGGUUCCUAUGAAGUGCAGUACGUUCCACCGAGGGCGGGAAAGGUGAAAAUUUUUGUCAGUAUUUUCAACCGACCAAUCAAAGGAAGUCCCUAUGUGGUGGAUGUCUCAGAUCACAUAAAUCCAGUGUGGAAGUUAGGGUCUCGGGGAAAGGGGGAGGAGAAUUUUGUUCAGCCUGUGAGAGUAGUGAUGGACAGUGAAGGGACUCUGUUUGUUUCUGAUACGGGUAACAGUAGAAUUAAAGUCAUUAGUAGCUCUGGCGAGGUCAUCAGGCAUAUUGGCCCCGUGGGGCUGGAGAAUCAGGGAGGGACUGGUCUGGCCUUGACCCCAGAGGGCAAUAUAGCAGUGGUCAACUGGAGGACCAAGACUGUCUCCAUAGUGACCAAAGAGGGUGAGCUAGUCAACAAAUUCACGUGCUCCGAUUUCCAGGAGCCAACUGAAAUUGCCGUCAACAGUAGAGGGGAAAUCAUAGUAGCAGAUCAUGGUGCCAACAAAAUGUUCAUGUUUGAUGCCAUUGGUAAGCCCCUUACUACGUUUGGAGGGAAAGGAGAAAAAGAUGGACAGUUUAAGGUUAUUUGUGCCAUAGCUGUAGGCAAAUGUGAUGAAAUACUAGUCGCUGACCACAGAAUACAAAUUUUUAGCAGAGAUGGCAAAUUUUCUCGCUCAAUUCCAGACCAAAAGAAAGGGCAAUAUAGUGGCCUAGUGGUAGAUGGUGGUGGCCACAUUUUGGCCACGAAAAUUGAAAAAGGAAAGAGUUUUGUGCAGGUCAUGAACUCUAGUGGAAAGGUGAUGUUCUGUAUUGACAGCAACAGUGAUCGAUUGAAGCGCCCGAGUGGCCUGGCAACUUCACCAGAUCACCAUGUGUAUGUCGUUGAUCUUGGCAAUGACUGUCUAAAGAAAUAUCGUUACAGAUAGACGCCUCCUCUACAAGAUGAAAGUAAAACCCACUAGCCCUAAAUACACUAUGGAACAGUUCCUAUGACCAAGCAAUCAGCACCAUGUGAUAUAAUAGUGAAAUCCAUUCCUACAUUAGGAAGAAUAGCUAACAAAACCCAACCUACAGAAGAAAACCAGUGCAAUGACAACGUGUGUCUCACUCAAGACACCGUGUGUAAGACUGAAAGUAAAAGUUCAUGUGAUAACUAGACUUCUAGGAGACAGUUUAUAUGAAUCAUCCCUAUAUGCACAUAUUUUCAUUUUUAUGUAUGGAAAUGAUAUGACAACAUAUGAAAUAUGAUUCAGAUAGCAUGCUCUUUAAAUUUUUCAUCUAUAUUUUGGCUUAUAAGCAUACAGUAAUUAAGGAAAAAUGAAGAAUUGUGAAAUUACAAGUUAUCCUAACCCCCCGACUACUUAACACAAUGUAUACAUUUUGUGUGUAUUCAAAAGCGUUAUAGACAAUCAGCCAAGUAUUAUGCAUUGACCUGUAAGUUGAAUGUAAGAUAGUUCUGUCAGCCAUCACCAAUCAUCAUUUUUAUCAAGCUAAAUCUGAGUACCUACAAACUUCUAAUGUGACCAGCUCUGCAUGUGUAUAUAAUCAUGUAUUGAUGUCUUACACGGGAAGCCAUUCUUUUAAACAUUUGUCAUUGAGCUCUGUUUUAGAUAAUAUGUAGAUUAUUCUCAUUAUCUCAAAUUGAUGUGACGUUUACAUAUUUUUUAAGUGAAUGACAAAAGUUUUGGACUUUUGACUUGAUUGUUUACUAUGGCAUAAAUGAGCUGCUUGAUUAGAUGUUACUUGUAGCACUGCUGUCAAUGUAAGAAUCUCCAAAUCAACUUUGUCCAUUUUAACUCUAAGGAAUGAGCGAUGUAUAUUGAUAUUUAU